AUGCAUUUAAAAGAGCUCACUGGAUUCCAUGGAAAGUAUCGCAAGCUAUGGAAUUUAUGUCUCAAAGUACUCGACUUGGUUAUGCAGACUUUUGUACUGCAUAAGAUGCUGGAAGAGGGAAUUCCAGUGAAUCUCACGGUAGCUUUUGCUGGGUUUAUUGCACUGAACUCAAUAUCCACCGCGAUUGCGAUUCUCGGUGGCAAACACACAGCGCUCGCAGAAGUUCUCAUCGAUUCUUUAUUCGAUCUUGGUGCUACCGUGUUGCUUCCCAUCGUACUACUCGCUUAUUGCUCGUACACGUUUGACUACGAUCACGAUACGUUUCAUAUUUACAUGGAGUUGAUGCCGGUUGGAAGCUUCGAAAGGCGUGCAAGAAUGUUCGGGAACCCGACCGAGAUCGAACUCUUCCGAGUAUCUUUCGGUUCUCUUCGUAUUCGCUCGGUGCCUGAUCUGCUCCUACGAAUUGGUAUGAAUUUGGGGUUUUCGUAUCGUUUCAAACGCGUGGUGGAAGUCCUUAUCCAGAUACAGACGGAGCAUGUGAAGUCAUACCAGAAAUCCGUACCAAGAUCGAUCUCUCUUUUUUUUGCCACCUUCGGUGUUGAUAUUCUCGUAGUGACGUAUCAAGCGAUCACAAUGUCCCAGGCGAUCUGUAAACCUCACCCAGAGUGUGUGGUAUAUGCCUACCGGUUGAAACACUCCGAGUUUUGUCCAUGUAAGGCUCUAGUCAAUGGGAAUCGAGCUCCAAAAACUUAUUACGAGUGGACACAUCCGGUUGAUGCUACCGACAUGGUGAAAGCGCUGGCAGCAGCAGGGACACUCGAGACAUUGCAGCUUAUCAAUCGACAACUCACUGUGUUUCCAGAUGAGCUUCGUGGUUGUCACAAUCUCAAAUAUCUAUCCAUCGUCAACUGUGCCAUUGAGGAGUUACCCGUCUGGGCGAACGAAUUCCACAAACUCGAGUUUCUGCAAAUCGAAGGCAAAGUUGGGAGUAACAACCUUGGUAAUUUCGAGACGAGUCUAUUCAGCGAUAUGCCAGAACUGCGUUAUCUCCAGCUAGGUCUGCACCAACGCAUGACGCAUUUGCCAUCGCUGGAUGGAGCACCAAAUUUGUAUUGCUUAAUUCUAGCCCGUAUGCAAGGUAUCACCGAGCUGCCGUCUCUAACACAUGCGUCUCAACUUGACCGGGUGGAGUUGACAAUGGUGAAGCAUCUGGCUUGGAUACCAGAUAUGGAGCCUAUCGAUCCUCUUGUGCACUUCGCUGUUUACCAAGGAGCGUAUCUGUGCUGUAACGGAUUUCUAGGCACUUGCGAUCUUACCAAUCCGUUCUGUAAAGACACAACAUGUCUGGAUGAUGCCUCACAGAAAGCCACUACAGAAACUUUACAAGUGUUUAACAAGUUCCCAAUUGGAGUCUGUGAGCCGUAUUCUGGUUUUUCACAAACACCAACAACUACUACCAUCCAAAUGUGCGACGGUGUGCCAUUCCGACAGUGUCAACUUCCUGGUCUUCAAGCGAACUCGAUUAUCGUUGGAAUGUGCUAUAACCACCGCAUGCAGGUUCUUGCAUGUAACACUGACCCAGAUACAAUUCGGGUUCGCAUUCGCCAGAUUCAGAAGGGAGUAGGUACUCCGUGUGAUCCUGUAGAGGAAGCUUGGUUAGGUUGUGGGGGAUCCCCAGCUAUCACCAUUUGA